AGAAGAGAUGGAAGUCCUGAAUGAGCUGUAUCAGGAGAAAGAUGAGCGCAUCCACCAGCUAUGCCAGGAGAAGAGGGAGAAGAAGGAGGAGUUUCAGGAGCUGCUGUUGCUCCUGGCAGGUAAAGGCCUGGAGUAUCAGGAUAAGUUGCUGGCAGACACCGAGACCCCUGCUGCUGACGUCACUUCAGACUUGUCAGGCCCCACGAAGAUCAAGUUUAGGGAGGAGCAGAAGGGUUUUGAAGAAGUGCAAGUUAAGGACAAUGUGGAACAUGUCCAAGUAGAGGCUGGGGUGCCUUGCCCCCUAGAGGACUCCCCCACAGAGCAUGUGGUGGUACUGAUGCCCGAUAUCCAACAUGACGAGGAACAGAAAGGAUCUGAAGAAGUGCAACUUAAAGACAAUGUGGGACCUGCCCCAAGAGAGGCUGGGGUGCCUUGCCCCCUAGAGGACACCCCCACAGAGCAUGUCGUGCUGCUGAUGCCUGAUAUCCGGCCCCACCAAGAGCUCUUGGGCUUGGGCAGCAAGGGCUCCAUCCCUUUCUUCUAUAGAGUGAUGCAAAUGAUGAGUUUGCAAUAAAGACUAGCUAAAGACUUGGAAGCCAUCAUCCAGAGAAACAGGCAGCUGGAUGGCAUUCUUUCAUGCCUUGAUAUAUAGAGGGUAAUGUGGAAGGUUGACUGCAGGCCAAAUGAUAAAAUUAUAACCACAAAUAAAUGGAAGUAAUUACAUAAUAAAUUCAUGUUUACAACUAUACUAUGCCAUGAGUAAACUACGGGCUGCAUCCCCUAUUCAUAUACUAAUACCUUAACUGCUGGUGUCCCAAAGUAUAUUUGUAUAUGAGGCAAUCAAGGUUAAAUGAGGGCCUCAUCCAAUAUCAUUGGUAUGCUUUAAAGAAGUGAUUAGGAUACAAAUAUAUGAGUCUAUCAAGAAAAGACCAUGCAUGGAUUACAAGGCAAGGCCUCAGAAGAAAUUAAACCUGCCAACUAAUAUUUCAUCUCAGACUUACAGCCUAUAGAGAAAAUGUCUAUCAUUUAAGACACCCCAUCUGUGAUAUUCUGUGUGGCAGCCCAAAGCAAACCAAUUCAUAUGGAAACAAUAAUUUGUAAACGAAAUGAAGGAUAUUAGGGAUUCAUUAUAACCAUUACUUAGGACUUUUCUAUAGGUUUAAUAUUUUUCAAAUAAAAAGUUACAGAGAGAACAUACUUUAGAAGAGUAAGCUAGUACAAUUAUUAAAAGAUCAAUCUGGUAAGG